AUGUCUACCCUUGCCGUCAACGACGUCGGGACUGAGCUGUCGUAUAUCGAUAGCGGUGUUCCCAGUGGCACCAAGGAAUACGUGACUAUCUUUGCAAUUCAUGGGACUGUGUUUACUGGCCUAAUCUGGAAUAGGGUCAUCUCACUCGCCCCAAAGUCAGGCGUGAGAUUCGUCGCUGUGAACCGCCGCGACUAUCCCGGUUCCACUGCUCUCUCCCCCGAGGAGAUCAACGUCUUGAACUCUGGGACCGACGACCAGAAGGCUGAGUUCCUGAAAGCGCGUGGUGUGGAGAUCGCAACGUUCAUCUCUCUCUUCGCCGAGAAGCACGAUCUCCCCGCUGCAUCUGCUGAUGGGACCGCCGGAGGCUUCGGAAUUGUGGGCUGGUCUUUGGGCUGCGCUUUCGCCCUCGCCGCCGUCGCUGCCGUCGACGCCCUCCCGGAGCCCGCACAAGCGCGCUGGAAAGCCGGCGCACGCGCCUUGAUCUUGCAGGAGCCACCUACCGUCUCUCUCGGAAAAGCGAUCCCUCCCGAUGCGUGGACGCCGCUUGUCGACCAGAGCAUGCCCGCUGAGGCCCGUACGGCCUUCUUCUCGCACUGGAUCACCUCCUACUUCAAGCACGGCGACCUGUCAUCGCGCGACCCCAAGGCCAUCUCCUACGUCGUCCCGGCAACCUCGCGCGCGCCCACGAUCUACUCCUUGACCGAAGAGGAGGUCAAGCACUCGAUCUACGAGCCGUCCGCCUUCGGGUCUGACAUGGCUUUCAUGAUCUUCUCGGCGCCCCAGAUCGCCGCGACGUACAAGAAGGCGGUGUUCGACAAGGACCUUCGCGCUCUUGUCCCCAACUUGAAGGUCACCGUCUUUUCCGGCGACGCGACAGCGUCGUUCUCCAUCCCGUCACAGUGGGAGGUCGAAGACGACGACAAGGCUGCCGGCGGUGGCUUCGUUACAGUCAAGUGGAUUCCGGGCUUCAAUCAUCUUGCGCACGUCGACGAGCCUGCUGCUACGCUGCAAGUGUACAAGGAUGCUUUCUAA